AUGGGGUCAACAUUCAAGCCCGUCUCAUGCACCAAAAAAGCUCCAUACAGAAUAGAAACCAAGAAUUUGUCAUACAAGUUGUGCAGCCAGCUUGAUGAAUAUAGAAGUCUUUGUUUUGGUUCCAAUCCAGGGAGAGGUGGCAAGUUCAUUUUGAAGGAUGUGAAUUGUGAGGCAAGGCCGGGGGAGAUAACUGCUAUUGCUGGCCCUAGUGGAGCUGGAAAAACCACACUGCUUGAGAUCCUUGCUGGGAGGAUCCCCCCAUGUAAAGUGUCAGGCCAAGUGCUUGUGAAUCAUAGGCCUAUGGAUGUGAACCGGUUUAGAAGAACAUCAGGGUAUGUCACACAAGAAGAUGCUUUGUUCCCAUCACUGACAGUUAGAGAGACACUCAUGUAUAGUGCCAUGCUGAGGCUUCCUGUGGGGAGAAAAGUUGCUGCCGCAAGAGUGUCAGAGUUGAUGAAGGAGCUUGGGUUGGACCACGUUGCAGAUUCAAGAAUUGGAGGUGGAUCAGAUCACGGCAUAUCCGGUGGCGAAAGGCGACGAGUUUCCAUAGGUGUGGACUUGGUUCAUGACCCUGCAGUUAUUUUGAUUGAUGAACCAACUUCAGGGUUGGAUUCAGCGUCAGCUCUUAGUGUUGUCUCAUUGCUUAGACUUGUGGCAUUUAACCAAGGUAAGACAAUUGUUUUAACUAUCCACCAACCUGGUUUCAGAAUCUUGGAGCUUUUUGAUGGCCUCAUUUUGCUGUCUGAUGGAUUUGUGAUGCAUAAUGGAUCAUUGAGUCUUCUUAAGACUGGCCUCAAGUUAGCAGGGCACCACAUUCCGGAUCAUGUCAAUGUCCUUGAGUUUGCUCUUGAUGUCAUGCAAAGCUUGGUUAUACAUACUCCAGAAUCUGGGGACAACCAGUUUCUGCUCAAAUACAAAGAGAACCAAGGUCACAAAACAAUGACGCAGUACUCUAAGGUUGUCAAAGAGAGGGCACUUAAGUACUCGAAUUCUCCAAUGGAGGAGAUUUCAAUCCUGGGACAAAGAUUUUGCUGCAACAUAUUCAGAACCAAGCAACUCUUUGUCACCAGGGUCAUACAGGCUUUAGUAGCUGGUUUUGUACUGGGGAGCAUAUUUUUUGAUGUUGGCAAUCAACGAAGUCAUGUAGCAUUGCAAACAAGAAGUGGCUUCUUUGCUUUCAGCCUUACCUUUUUGUUAUCAUCAACAACAGAAGGCCUGCCCAUUUUCUUGGAGGAGAGAAGAACUUUUAUCAGAGAGACUUCAAGAGGAGCUUAUAGAGUUUCUUCCUAUGUUUUAUCAAACACCCUUGUGUUCGUUCCUUUCCUUCUAUUGGUUGGUCUUCUGUUCUCUACACCAGUUUAUUGGCUGGUAGGAUUAAGGAAAGGCAUUGAUGGUUUCCUUUACUUCUCCUUAGUGGUUUGGUUGGUCCUACUCAUGUCGAAUUCUCUUGUGGCUUGUUUCAGUGCUAUAGUGCCAAAUUUCAUCCUGGGAACCUCAGUGAUUGCAGGUCUAAUGGGGUCUUUCUUUCUAUUCUCAGGGUAUUUCAUAUCCAAGGAAAAAAUACCAUGUUACUGGAUUUUUAUGCACUAUUUGAGCCUAUUCAAGUAUCCAUUUGAGUGUCUUAUGAUAAAUGAGUAUGGGGGAGAGCAAGGGAAAACAAGAUGCUUAGAAGUUAGAAAUGGAAAAUGCAUACUUUAUGGAGUUGAAUUCUUGAGACAACAGGGUCUGAAAGAUUCACAAAAAUGGACCAAUUUGGCUGUAAUGUUGAGCUUCAUAGUGGGGUAUAGAGUGCUUAGCUUUUUUAUUCUUUGGUUCCGAUGUUACAGGACCAGAAACUAGAUCAGAUUUACAACAGUUUUAGUUUUAGGUACUCGUUACAGUCCUUACGCGGAUUUUAAUCUAUUUUUUUCAUCAAUGACAAUGCAUAGUUCAUACUUACAGGCAGCAAAAAUCUAUCAUUAUUUGUAUCAAUAAAAAAAGGCUAUCAACUAUUGUUCUGAUUCUUCUGAAUUUUCCAUGCUGCCAUGAUCUCCUUCACGGCUUCAUCAUGUGCAACUAUUUGCACGUAAUACCUACAGUGCUUUUUAUUCCAAGACAAAUAGUGUAUACAUUAUUAAGUCAAGAACGAGAAUGGUGGAAAAUAG